CUGCGGAAUUGAGAGAUCUUGUCAGGGCCGUUCCUGCUGCUCCCGCCGGUCACCAUGUCCGCCCAGGCGCAGAUGCGGGCCCUGCUGGACCAGCUCAUGGGCACGGCCCGGGAUGGUUCAGUGUAUCUUUGCCUGCCUACAUCAAUCUGCAAGGGAGUUGCAGAAAAGCCUCAUGUUCAUCGAGCCGAGAUGAAACCAGACAGAGGGUGAAGUUUACAGAUGACCGAGUCUGCAAGAGUCACCUUCUGGACUGCUGCCCUCAUGACAUCCUGGCUGGGACGCGCAUGGAUUUAGGAGAAUGUACCAAAAUCCACGACUUGGCCCUCCGAGCAGAUUAUGAAAUCGCAAGUAAAGAAAGGGACCUGUUUUUUGAAUUGGAUGCGAUGGAUCACUUGGAGUCCUUUAUCGCUGAGUGUGAUCGGAGAACUGAACUUGCCAAGAAGCGGCUGGCAGAGACACAGGAGGAGAUCAGUGCAGAAGUUUCUGCAAAGGCAGAAAAAGUACAUGAGUUGAAUGAAGAAAUAGGAAAACUUCUUGCUAAAGCUGAGCAGCUGGGAGCAGAAGGAAAUGUGGAUGAAUCCCAGAAAAUUCUUAUGGAAGUGGAGAAAGUCCGUGCAAAGAAAAAAGAAGCUGAGGAAGAAUACAGAAAUUCCAUGCCUGCAUCCAGUUUUCAACAGCAGAAGUUGCGUGUCUGUGAAGUCUGCUCAGCCUACCUUGGUCUCCAUGACAAUGACCGUCGACUUGCAGACCACUUUGGGGGCAAAUUGCACUUGGGGUUCAUUCAGAUCCGAGAGAAGCUUGAUCAAUUGAGGAAAACUGUGGCUGAAAAACAGGAAAAGAGAAACCAGGAUCGCUUGAGGAGGAGAGAAGAGAGGGAGCGGGAGGAGCGGCUGAGCAGGAGGUCUGGAUCAAGAACCGGAGAUCGACGGAGGUCACGUUCCCGGGACCGACGUCGGAGGCGGUCAAGAUCUACCUCCAGAGAACGACGAAAGCCUUCCAGGUCCCGGUCCCGAGACAGACACCGGCGUCACCGCAGUCGUUCCCGGAGCCAUAGCCGUGGCCACCGCCGGGCUUCCAGGGACCGGAGUGCGAAAUACAAGUUCUCCAGAGAGCGGGCAUCGAGGGAGGAGUCCUGGGAGCGAGGUCGGAGUGAGCGUGGGGCCACUGACUGGAGGCUCGAAAGCUCCAAUGGGAAGACAUCGGAGGAGAAGGAGGCUGGAGAGAUCUGAACCUAUGCCUGGGCGCUGUAAAUAGUCUGAUAAAUGUUUGACACAGCCUGAAGUUACCCUUUAUAUUUGCUGAAUACAACACAUCUUUUGUAGUUUAAAGUUUCUAUUGUUUUGGAGCUAGCUGUGAGUUUCUAGAGAUGUACAGAAUUACUCCUGUGUUCUGGGGUUAUGUUGAGUAGGAAUAAAUAAAUCUGACUGACUGCCUCCUGACU